CGUUUGGAGUACCUCGGAUUCGUGAGAACGCAUUGCGAAGGAUAACAUAACAUCAAGUGUGAAACAGAUAAAAACGGUCAAUGUUAAUCGGAUCGCGUAUCUCGAUCUGCCGCUGAAUUUUUACGAGAAAAACAAUGAAUUUAUCUUAACGAGAUCUUCGCUUAGAGUUUGUUGAUUCAAUCUUUGUAAAAAAACAAAAAUAGAUAGCUUUGGAAAUACUUUAUCCAUGAAAGAGGAUAUCCCAGAAGAAUCCUCGAUUUUGCGAUAUUAAAACAUUAAUGUAAUGGUCCCCAAAGGCAAGGUUUGAGUUUACCCUAACUCGAGUGAGAGUACUGUGGACUCCCUAUGGAUCGAUUGGAAUCUGGAUAUUCCUGCAGAAGUUCCAACCAAAUAUUGAAACCUUGAAAACCACGAUACCUUUACAAUGCACUUAUUUCGCGAAGACAUGAAAGAAACGAAGACGCAACGCGACACUGAUUCUCUCUGUGAGUAAGUCUUUUAAUCGGUGAGCAAAGAGAGCACGUCAAGUUCACAUUGGAUACACUAAUCGUUCGUAUAUCACUGCAAUAAAGAUAGAGCUAGUGAGUUUCGCAAUCACGUAAAACUGUUGAGUGACAGGGAGGAUGUCACGGAUAAAUCGAAGAUGACGUGGGAAAUCCAAAGCAUUAUGUAUAAAAUAAAGAAGUUAUCGAAACGAGUAAAUAAAAAUAAAGACGCGAUACUCUGAUCGCGCUCAACCGUGACCAGAAAGAGGAACAUCCUUAAAACGUGAACGAUGACACUUCUGUGAAAUAAUUUUAUUUAUUUUAUUACAGACAGAAUAUUUAAAAAAAGGAAAGAACGCAAAGAAAAUUGUAUAUUAGUCAUGUCCCAACAAAUAAGCGAUAUUCUGCAAAAGCCUAAAGGAAAGCUCUGUUUAAUUUUCUAAAAACAAACAAUAAGUAAUUAGAGAAACGAAUAACGUUGAAAGAGACAAGAAAUUUUCGAAAGAUAAAAAGAAAUGCUUAAAUAAAACAUUCGAAACAUUCGAUGGAAGAAAAUCCGAAAAGAUUGAAAUUAAUAAAAGAGACAUCGAAAUGUAAUAGGGUGAUUGGAAAUUAGGAACUCUGGCGAAAAAAGCCCUAAAUGGACACCGAUUCGCUUCUGCAACGUUCCGCGUGACGUAACCAGUCCAUUUUCUCGCAAAUGAAAAGAGCAAACGUUAUUGUUAGUAACUGAUAAGUGGAGACCGCUGGUCAGGUAUUGGCUCGUACAUAUAAGACGUCUUCGUUGCUCGGACACCAGUAGAUCCUCCACUAGCAAACUCGGCAGCUAUCCGGUUUUGCCACCACAAUCAGUCGUUUUGCCAACCUCGAAGAGAACAAGUGACCUGUCAUCUUCGUAAUUAAUCGCGGUACGAUGCGAUGACCCGCGGAAGGAUACGAAGAUGUCGAAGAUAAGCUUCGGUUCCGAUUUCUUCGAGAAAUCACGCGGUGAGUUUGUUGACUCUUGAACAUCAAGAACCGACGACCGAUUCCAGACUUGUUCGAUGGUGCACCGAAUACAGAGACGACUCGAACGAUGAGAUUGAUUCUGGAAGAAACUUGGACGAUUUAAUUAACAAUCGCGAUUCUCGGUGAGUUUUCUCAGCUGGCUUCGCAGCUGCGGCAAAAUAAAUUCAUCGGUCCUUGAAGAGAAUCAUCAAGGAGAAAGAUAAUCGAUAAAAAUGUAUUCUUUUUCCACCAUGGCUGUGAUCGUCGCGAUAAGCGUGUGAAAGAUCGAGCGGGAUAUACGAAAGGCCGGCGAAGUGUGAUAAUCUGAUAAUUAACGACAGGAAUAUAACGCCUCGCUGCUCGUUGACUACCGAGGCCCAACGUUUUGGCAACAACCCACUUCUCCGGAUAAGGAUUGUUAUCGUCGCUGAAUCAUACCAGCGCGGAAGAUGUAAUUAUCGACAUUCGAUUAGAAACAGAGUGUACCGAAGAUACUGAAAAUCAUCGAAUGUGUUCACGUCGCAUGAAUGUUUCCUGUAUGGGUGCGCGAGCUUGUUAUUUACGAUCGCGAACAGAACCACGAGAUCACGAAGAGGUGUUUGCCGAGCAAAAUAAAUAAGUCCGUCAGUGGGUGAUGGUCGUUUGAUAGAAAGCGAGAAAUUGAGGCUGCAGUGAUACGAAUUGGGCAGUAACGCGUGAAGCCUUGCGGAGAUCGAGUAUUGGAAAGUGAUCGAAACGAUAUAUGAAGAAUCGGUGAAGGAACUUGGUGAUUAAACUAAAGAUGAAUCGAGCAGAGCGAGUCGAGUGUUAAGUACAAAGUGUACGAAGCCUUUAGAGACUCGCGAUCGAACCGAACCGAAAGUAAAAGGACUGAAAGGAAAUGGAGGACGAUAUUCCGAAGAGCCCGAUACCCAACGUAACAUUGUCGUCGUCCGAUCACGGAGAGAAACAAAAUCUGCUGCCACCUGCGUCGCCCACGACUCCCAUAAUCGUUAAGCUAUCCAAGAACUCGAAUGCGUCGUUCAGAAGCAGGAGCCGGUACAGGGCAGGUCCAACGCGCAAGCUGCGUCGUCGAGCGGUGCUGAAGAAUGGCGAAUGCAACGUUCUGCAGUCCCGCAUCUCCAGACGAUCGCUGCGCUUUCUCCAGGACAUCUUCACGACCCUGGUGGACACUCAAUGGCGAUGGACGUUGUUGUGCUUCAGCCUGAGCUUCGGGCUCUCCUGGCUGGGCUUCGCGGUGAUCUGGUGGCUGAUCGCCUUCACCCACGGUGACUUCGAGGAACGCCACCUACCCCCGUUACAGGUCGAGAACAACUGGACGCCCUGCAUCUACAACAUCUUCUCCUUCACCAGUUGCUUCCUAUUCAGCAUCGAGACCCAGCACACGAUCGGCUACGGCAGCCGCUCGACCACCGAAGAAUGUCCCGAGGCGAUCUUCGUGAUGUGCAUUCAGAGCAUAGCUGGCGUGAUGAUCCAGGCCUUCAUGGUCGGCAUAGUGUUCGCGAAAAUGAGCAGGCCCAAGCAGAGGACCCAGACGUUGCUGUUCUCAAGGAACGCGGUGAUAUGCCAGAGGGACGGUGAACUCUGCUUCAUGUUCCGUGUCGGCGACAUGAGGAAGAAGAGUCACAUCAUCGGAGCCGCGGUUCGCGCGCAACUAAUCAGGUCCAGGACCACCAAGGAGGGCGAGAUACUGUCUCAGAAUCAACAGGAAUUGGCCGUCGGCACAGACGGCCAGAACGGUAACCUGUUCUUCAUCUGGCCGACCAUGAUCGUUCACAAGAUCAACGCUGAAUCACCGUUUUACAACAUGUCCGCCGAGGAUAUGCUAUUGGACCGAUUCGAGGUCGUGGCCAUUCUCGAGGGAACUAUCGAGUCCACCGGGCAGACCACUCAGGCUAGAUCCAGCUACCUGCCGCAGGAGAUUCUUUGGGGUCACAGAUUCGAGCCGAUGGUCACGUACUCGAAGGAGAGGCAGAGCUACGAGGUGGAUUACUCGCUGUUCAAUAGCACCACGCAAGUCGACACGCCUCUGUGCUCGGGCAGAGAGCUCGCUGAGUUUUACAAGGUCCAGGAAGAUCUUCGCCAUGGGAACGGUGUGAUAGUCGACGAGGAUCUCCUAGGAGAAUCCUGCGCGGACGGUCAGUGCCACUGCGGUCAUCGUCCGGUCAUCGCGAUGAAUCACAAUCAAAUUCAUCCUCUGACGUACGUGGACAGCAUCAGAAGCGAAAACAGCGUCGACGAGACGGCGAAUUAUCGGAACGCUUACAGGGAUUCGAUCUGUCACGGACCUCCGGUCCCGCCCCGAGAGCACGGUCAGUACAAAAUCGUAGAUGUAGAGUCCGAUGAUAUCCAAGUGAUGGGCGAGGUCGAGCUACAGCACCUACCGGAAGCGGUGAACAGGGAAAUCCUGAAGAACAGUCGAGAGAUCAUCUACGAAGAGCCAGAGACACCUGGCGAGGGAAGUAUACUCCUGAGACCAGCUUAUGGUCGUCGGAGUAUGAUCAGGUACCCGUUGCUCGACGAAGAAAGGAGAUCGUUGAACAGCUCCAAAAGAAACUACUACCACAGAAAUAUCCUUAGAAGCUUGGACGAAGACAAAAGGUCCCCCGAUGGCUGCAGAAGAAACCUGUGCGGAUCCAGAAGGUAUCUCUUGGUUCCUCUGGACAGCAAAACCUCGGAUCUCGGCACCAGAGAGAAUGUAAUCGCCACGGGACGACACACGGGAAGCAAGGAACACCUGAACGCGCCGAGAAAGAACGGCUGUGCCAAAGGAUCUAAAGAGACCCCCGAAAUGGACACCAGAGAGAUACUGGUCUCGAACGACGAUAGACUGACGAUCGAGUCGGAGAAGUUCCCGAAACAAACGCCUCUUCGUCAGCACGAGAUCGCGCUAUCCGAAGGCAACGGAACAUCGUUGUCGGACCCUAACUUGUCGCCGAACGAGUACUCUUCGUCCCCGAAAUGUCGUCAGUUGCCUGUUCCGGUGUCACCGAUCUCGCCGACGUCGGAUCUUUCGCCGGAGUCGGGUUUCUACGAAGGGGCUCAGUGGAACUCCAGUCCAGAGUACAUCAGGAAGGAUCUCCGGCUUCCUAACGCGUCUGUGAUCACGAAGAAUAGAAGGAGCUACGAGAAUGCGCAGUUACAGGACGUUAACGAGGCCCUGUCUAGACCUAAUAGUGAAAAUAGUUCACUGGACAGUGCGGAAUCCGUGAAGAAUAUAGCGAACGACAAUGUUCUUCACAAAUACGGGGAGAAGAACGUUGUUACGAAACAGGCGAUCUCUUACACGAGCGUCUGACGAGAACACAUAACUUUCUGUGCCUUUCUCCGAACGUAUAACUUCCAAGUGCCAGUGAAAAACGUGUUGUACAGUCAGAACUAGCGUUUACUUCCGAAACAAGGUAUUCGUAAUCGAUCGUUACUCAAUCCUCGACUACCGCCAUUGGAAAUGUCCAGGCGAACGGAUAGGCUAUAGCUCGACGACUUAGGUAUAAUCCCUUAGAUUGUGGUUUGAGCGCGAUGGAGUGAGUCUUAGGGGAUAAAAUGUAGAGUCGUUGUUGGAUGUUAGCCUGGUUCAAAGAAAGACUAUCCAAAAACGGAAGGCAUCAAACGUCUUAAGGUUAAGAAUCGAAACUUUGUCAUGUACUAUCUUAAAAAAUUAGAUCUUUCGCAACUCCAAUAGACGGUAUAAGUUAAAAGUGUAUGUAAGGUUAUGGAAUUUGAACAGAAAUGGUAUGGAAAUGCUAAUGUUGUAGUGUCACGACCACCCAUAAAGUGCGAGAUUGAUUGAGUAGGGAAAGCGGUCGACUCUGGAUCGGAGGACCGUGGGUCCGAAUCUCCGUGCCUUAUUUUUCGUUUAGACAACGUUGAUGGAUUGAAAGAAAAAGUAAAUCCAUAAGGAUUCGGUAAGAGAAGAGACUGGACCAGCAUUUGCCCACAGUGGGGACCUUUUCUAAGUUGUCAAGCUAUAUUUUGCAUUACGAUCGUCGGCAUAUUUCAAACUGGUUGACACAUAACGCCAAAUUCGCGUACAUCUGCAACCUUUCGUUUCGUUAGCUAAUUUAAAGCUUUCGUUAGUCAAUUUAAAUAGGUCCGUCAUUUCGCUGAGACGAAGCGGAAAUUCCUUUAGACUUGUAUGUAUUCUAUUGAUAGAUUGUCAAAAAUUCUUAUAUAGAUAAAAAUCUCGAAUAAAUUCUAAUUUAUAUUCAAUUCGUUACGUAGAAUGAAAUAUUUCUCUAAAUGAAAAAUAAAAUUGAACCAUCUAGUGAAAUGAAUAUUAUAAAUAAAUUACCGUAGGUUGGAUAUAUUUAUUAUCUAUUAUUCGAAUAAAAUUUUCCUCGUCUCUGAUUCUGUUCACGCUGAGUUAAAUAUUCGCGAAAUUCGCAUACCCUUUGAUCGCUUCUAAAUGACUGUGUUCGAGGGUUGAGGAAACUAAGCAUAAGAUAGGUAAGAGUAUCAACGAACGUAACUGACUUUUCGCGUAAUUAAGAUGCAUAAUUUCUGAAAACACCUGGUUUUAUGCGAAUUUAUACCGUUCUCCUAUUCGCCAUUAUAAUAUAUUCAUUUGUCUAAAUCGCUGUGAAACCGCGGGUCGGUUAGUGCGAAGCUUCCGAAGCUUAGGUUAGUCUCAUAAAAAUCACGACGAACGAAGAGUAAAUUGUGAACGAGGUUUUCUUCCUUCUGACAAGCUUCCCGAAGGCUUCAUUUAGGAAUAUUCUUCGAAUAAUUUCGAAGACGAAGCAUGCAGCGCUUUUUUAUCAUCGUAUUAACCCUUCAACUAUUCAACGAAAUAAAAUUUCACGAUUAUUCGAAACGCGUUAUAGUUUGCAUUCUUCAGACAAUAUUCGCGUUGUGAGAAAUCAAAUUUCGUCGUUCAAAGUCGGCAUGCUCGUUAGAUUUAGACGUAAAAAUCGCAUAAGCGCAACGAGAGUAUUUAGUACGCGACGGAAGUGAAAGGAUAAACUUAGGAUCGUGACCGAGGUCGCCGACAUGUCAACUCGUCUCUUGCUUUCAUUGUAACAAUGAUCAUUUUUACCAACGUGAGUAAAGCAUGUGUGUAUAUAGAAAGAUUUCUAGAUUUUCAGAUGCCCGUUGAACGAAUGCGUUUCUAACGUUUGUCUCUCAGCCAGUCUGGAAACCUAGAACCGCGACGACGACUGGCAGGGAAAGAAGAUGCCCCGAAAACUGUGCAUUGUACUUUUAGGACACGAGUAGUCGUCUAACUAAAGUGCCUUGUUUUUUCCUUUGCAUUCCCACGAGAAAGAAAAACACACACGCGUUCGCUGACAAAAUAAAUUAGUAUCGUUGAUAUUUAUUGCUUCCACAGUACUGUAAUUACUAGCUCGACAUUUCUAUAUAACUUAUUAUUAAAGACACCAUCGAUGAAGCGUCGAUACGCAUCAAUACGGUAAUUGCCGCUUUCAAGUGACAAAAGACUAGUUUUAUCGUAUGUUAUUUAAAUCAUGUCUCAAGAAAUUAUCAAGACCCUUUAGGAAAUCACUUUCUAAUUAAAGAUAGUCCAAAUAAGACUAUAUCUGGGUUUGUUUUGAAUGAAACAUAACGACAAAAUAAUGCCAAUGUAUUAAUAAUAUUCUCACGAGUAUAUAGGAGUGCGAACACAAAUUUUCAUUUUCAUUAAAGGAUGAUACUCGACUGAUCGCUCGAGCUGAAUAAAUUUGAACGUUAGAGAAAUGAUUGAAUUACUCGAAUCCAGUAUCAGAAUUGUCACUUAAAAACGAUGAUCACUGUAAUUCGAAUAUUUUCUACACCGUUUCGUUCGAACAGUACGAGCCAGUUUGCGAGGCAGUUAGUCUAACGCCAUUUAGGUUCAGUACGCUGGAAAACCUCGGUAAAAAUGAUAACUAUGCGUGUUAUUUUUGGGAGCAUGGAUACCUGCCAUCAGGACUUCUAGCAGAAAUUGUGAAGAUGUUAUUUGUAAUAAAGACAAUUCGAAACCAAUAA